CUAAUUCGCCUCAUCUCUUCUCACAUCCAAGUAUUGGGAUGUCAAUGUUCACAAAUGCUCACCAAUUCUCUAUACGCGGUGGGACUUACAAUAAUGUUGCAAGGGAUCAGAUAAAUCUAUAUGAGAGCCCUCAGACUGUAAGUGGUAACAGUGCCCUUGAUAUUCUUUCGGAGUUCAUAAAAGAUGUAGGCGCGGUGCAUGAUUCAGCGCAGCGAUAUCCCCCUCCCAAAUGUCAUCCAGAAACCCGUAAAGGAAUUCAAACUGCGAUCCUUGAAUGGAUCCAUAGUCAACAGAAUGGACGUCCUGUCUUUUGGAUUCAUGGUCCCGCUGGUGUAGGCAAGUCUGCCGUAGCGCAGACCAUUGCAGAACUGGCCGAAAUCAGGGGGUCCCUCGGAGCCUCGUUCUUCUUUUCACGCAGUCACGGAGAAAGAGGUCGUGCAGAAUAUCUUUUCCCGACAAUCGCAUAUCAACUUGCAGUCAGGAUAGGCGAGUUUAAUAAAGUUGUCACUCAGACUUUGCGAAAGGAUCCAGGUGUCUUGCGCUCCUCCUUGGAUAUACAAUUUGAAGAGUUGUUCCUAAAUACCUGCGGAUCGGCAAUGAAACUUGGUGGAAAAUGGAUGCAUCGACCAAGGGUCAUUAUUAUCGAUGGCCUUGAUGAAUGCACGGAGACUGUCUUUCAAAAGCACAUUAUUCUCCUCUUCGCAUCUGUACUGAAGGAUAAACUUCCGUUCCGAUUCCUCAUCUUCAGUCGACCAGAGCCUCAGAUACGUGAAGCAUUCCAAGCGCAUGUUCCGCAGUCACUUCUGAGGCAAACGAGUCUUGACAAAGAUUCCUGGGAUGCACGACAAGAUAUGAAGAGGUUCCUGGAAAGUGGUUUUUCCAACAUUCGAACACAAGCUCGAACUUCUCAUAUUCAUUUUCCACCCCUCUGGCCUGGUCGUGAAGUUAUAGAUGAGCUUAUUGAAAAGGCCUGUGGGCAGUUUGUCUAUGCUACAACUGUUCUUAAGUUUGUGGGUGAGGAGCAUUCUCAUCCCAUGGAGCAGCUUUCGAUUGUCCUUGGUCUGAAGACAGCUGCUCGAGGCAAUUCACCUUUCAAGGAGCUGGAUGUACUUUAUCACCAUAUCCUUUUUUCAUAUCCUGAUCACAACAAAGUGACCAUGAUAUUGGGUGCUCUGAUACACUUGAGCAGCUUGAGUGGCUUGAGGCGCUGGAACAACCAUCCAUGUGGCCCUGCCAUUGAAGUUAUUGAAGCUCUACUCGGGCUUCAUACUGGCGAGGUCUUGCUUGUGUUGCGUGGCAUGCAUUCCGUCCUGAAUAUUGAUGGGACCCAUAUCCGGAUUCUUCACGCAUCCUUCAGAGAUUACCUUUGCCACAAGUCACGAUCAGGUCAAUUUUAUAUCCGUGAUUCGACCUUCGUUGCCCAUCUGUUUCUCAGUUUCUCCGGUGUCAAAAUAAUAGUCACCGAGCCCAGGCGAAUGUCUGUGUUAGUCAAUGAUUUUGAGCCACAUCGUGACUACAUGCCAUUCAUAAUAUCCCGGUCAUCAAAUGUCCUUCUUCUAUCCAUGUUUAUAUUCACCCCCUUGUUGAAUACUCUGCUAUUAGGAUUCAUUCCUUUGGGCAUAAUUUCUCAGUUUCUGCAUUGGAGCACAGCCUUGCGGUUCUCAUUCAGCUUCCUAGCUGCCAUGAAUUUAACGGAGUUCCUCAAUGACACCAUGGAGUAUAUAGCUACUGGGCUUGACCAGAAACACACUGGGAUAUUGAAUGCAUCCUUUGGAAACAUUGUGAAAUUUUUUGUGGGGAUAGCUGUCCUAUUUCAAGGCAAAAUUGUCAUUGUCCAAAAUAUGAUGCUUGGAUCUAUCUUGGCAAACAUGCUAUUAAUCUUAGGCUGGUCCUUCCUUGCAGCUGGAAUGAAAUUCCGUGAUUGCGGUUUUUCAAUCACAUCUGCUCAAGUCUCAAGCUCAUUUAUGAUACUGGCUUGUAUCACAUUCACUAUUCCUCCUACAUAUUGUGGUUUCUGUACUUAUCAGAGUCUCACUUUGAGUGAUCCCGAAAAGUGGGAAAACGUACUGAUCAUUUCAAGAGCAGCUUCAAUUCUGUUGAUAGUUGUGUAUCUUGCAUAUUUGUUCUUCCAGCUCAAAACUCACGGUUACCUCUUCGAAAAUGUGGACUCAUUUCAAGAAGAAGACGAUGAUACACAGAAUAAAGAGAGUCAAGAGACCUCGACUAUGACAUAUCUUGUCGCAUUAUGGGCAACUCUUGCUAUCAUUACUGCAUUGGCCACCCUUUAUGUGAUAUCUUUAAUGGAAGAAUUUGCGGAGCAAUAUUUCAUCCCAAGGACUUUUAUCGGUCUGAUUUUGUUACCUUUGGUAAAUGUGGAUGGCACCUCUGCAUUGAGGAUGGCCAUGAGAGGUCAAAUGAAAACAACAAUCGAUAUCUGUAUCGGCAGCUCAAUUCAAAUUAUUGCAUUUGUUAUACCAUUGCUGGUCCUUAUUGGGUGGAUUUCAGGACAUCAAUUCCCGCUCCUCUUUGGCAUCUUCGAAAUAAUCACCAUCUUUGUCUCAGUGCUCCUCACCAGCGACCUUCUUAAGGAUGGCAGGUCAAAUUAUCUUAAAGGGUUGAUACUUCUUUCAGUGUAUGUUGUUAUUGCACUUGCAUCUUCUCAGCUUUGAAUAUUAUGGACUGAUUGGCUGAGAUGACACACAUGAAUACCCUCGAAAGUAGAAAGAAAAUACCUGUAGUACUCUUGCGAAG